AUGGCAGAUGUGACUGUAAUUUCUUCAAGCAUUGUUCGACCCCAAAACAUUAACCAAUGUAGUCGAACAAAGAUCCAUCUCACUCCAUUUGAUCUUAACCUUCUUUACGUUGAUUAUCCUCAAAGAGGUCUUCUCUUUCACAAACCCGACCCGGAAACCCAUUUCAUCUCUCGGUUAAAAACAUCUCUUUCAACUGCCUUAGAGAUCUACUUCCCCUUCUCCGGUCGUCUUGUCAAAGUUGAGAAUCUUGACGACAACACGGUGUCGUUUUACAUCGACUGUGACGAGCACGGCUCCUCCGGUGCCAAGUUCGUCCAUGCCGAAUCCAAAUCUUUAUCGGGGAGCGACAUUCUUCAGCCUCAUGGCUCUGUUCCACAUUUCAUGAGUCAUUUCUUCCCAUCUGUCGGCGUUAAAAGCAUCAACGGCCUCACGGAGCCCUUACUUGCGUUGCAAGUCACCGAGAUGAAAGAUGGUGUGUUCAUCAGUUUCGGUUAUAAUCACAUGGUCGCUGAUGGAGCUUCCAUUUGGAGUUUCUUUAAUACUUGGUCCAAGAUUUGCUCGGCUGGUUAUGAUAAUGAUCAUUAUAGCCCUCUUAAACUCAGAGGAUGGUUCCUUGACGGGGUCAGUUUCCCGAUACGUAUUCCAGCUUCAGAGACGGUGGUGGCCUCUUUUCCAAGCCAAGAAACUUAUUUUCCUGCAGCUAUGAACCAGAGGGUUUUUCACUUCACAAAGAGGAAUCUUUCAUAUCUCAAAACUAAAGCCAACAACGAGGGUGGCUCUAGCGAUCUGGUUAUCUCGUCCUUACAAGCGCUUUCGGCACAUUUAUGGAGGUCCAUAGUCAGACACUGUGGUAUGAGCCGAGAAGAAGAAACACAUUGCAAAUUAGCGGUUGAUUUUAGGCAAAGGUUAAACCCUCCGCUUGAGAAAGAGUGUUUUGGAAAUGCGAUCCUUCUCGGGGUAGCUACGGUCACAGUUGGGGAACUGCUGGAUCAUCAGAUGGGUUGGGCUGCUUUGCAAUUAAAUAAAAUGGUGCGCUCACAAACGGAUGAAAAGUUCAAAAGUUUUGCAAAGAAUUGGGUCAGAAACGUUAAGAUACCAAAAAAGGGUGGUGGGAGUCCAAUGGAAUUUGAUUCUGUGGUUAUGUCGAGCUCUCCUUGGUUUGAUGUGUAUGGAAACGAUUUCGGUUGGGGCAAGCCGAUUGCAGCUAGAGCUGGACCCGGGAAUAGUACGAGAGGUAAGCUUGUACUUUUCCAGGGGAUUGAACAAGGAAGCAUUGAUGUUCAUGCGACCUUAUGGUCUCAUGUGCUUGUGAAGUUAUUGGCUGAUCUUGAAUUUUUGGAGAAUGUCACCAUUACUUGUUUGUAA